CUGGGCGGGGCUGCCCCGCCGGGGAAACGAAACCGAAACGUGCAGGGGUAUUUAUCACCCCCGCACCGGAGACCCUCCACCACGGCAGGGUCUGACCCGGCCAGAUCCCCCAGCGCCCGCUGGACACGCAGGGACCGACCCGCCAGACACCCAGCAUGCCCAUCAAGAUAGUGUGGCUGCCUCUGGCGUGGCUAGUGGCAACAGCCACGGUCACUGUCACUCGGGUGUUCACUCUGGAGCCCCUGCUCGGAGAGCCCCCGACACCGCCUGCGCCCCCUGCCCGUACCCCGGCUCCCUCGCAGGACGUGGGGACCUCCGUCCUGCCCGUACCCACCCCCAGUGCCCACCCCGAGGGGCUGCCUGGCUGGGGUGUCACCGAUGGCCCCAGCCCCACAGCGCCGGAGGGAGCACCGGAGGAGCUGGACACCGCCGCCGAUGAGACCACGGCAGUGCCCACGCCUGGCACCAGCGCCCCGCCGUGCCCUGGGGACGAGGAGCCGACCGACACCUGCGGGGAGCCCACGGGGGAGCAGCGGGCUGCCGUGGCCGAGGCUCUGGUCACCUUUGCCGUCCGCUUCUACCAGCACAUGGCAGAGGCUGCCCAGCCCGAUGCCAACCUGCUCUUCUCCCCCAUCAAUGUCGCCACGGGGCUCUCGCACCUGCUGCUGGGCGCCCGCGGAGAAACCCAGGAGCGUCUGGCCGCCCUCCUGGCGUACCCGCCGGAGCUGGACUGCGUGCACGGUGCCCUGCAGCAGCUGGCCAGCACGCCAGGCCUCUUCUCGGCCGCCCAGAUCUUCCACCACCCGGAGCUGCACCUCCGGCCCCGCUUCCUCAACGACUCCCUGCGCUUCUACGGCGCCCGCCCGUACGCCCUGAGCGGCAACGAGAGCCUGGACCUGCAGCGCAUCAACGCCUGGGUGCGGGAGGCCAGCAAGGGGCUGCUGCCCUCACUGCUGUCCGCGCUGCCCCCCGAGCCCCGCCUGCUGCUGCUCAGCGCGGUUCACCUGCGCGCUGCCUGGCGCACGCCGCUGGACCGCAAGAAGACGGUGCUGCUGCCCUUCCAGCGGCCCGGGCACCCCCCGCGCAUGGUGCCCACCAUGACCAGCGCCAAGUAUCCCGUGGCCUCCUUCACCGACUCCCGCCUGCAGGUCCAGGUGGGGCGGCUGGAGCUGAAUGGGGGGCUGAGCCUCGUGGUGCUGAUGCCACGGGGGCCCCUGGACCCUCUGGAGACCGUGGAGCGGGCGCUGGACCCCACGACCUUCCUGGCACUGCUCCGGCGGGCGGCCCGCACCGCGCCCCGGGCCACUGCGCUGUCCCUGCCCCGCCUGCGCCUCGACAUCGCCCUGGACGUGGUGCCUGUGGUCCACGACAUGGGUAAGGACACCUCCGAUGGCACCAUGGGGGCUGAGUGGGCUGCGGGGUCACAUCACUCCCUGUGCGGUGACGCUCUCUGCAGGAUGUCACGGGCCCCUCCCCUGGGAGUCACUUUCCCCAAGGUCCCCAAAACCCCCAAUAUCCCUGCGCCCCUAAUGUCCCCUUACAUCCCGGUGUCCCCAAAUUAUCCGUGCCGUCUGUCAUGUUCCCAGCGGCCCAAACAUCUCCCACCUCCCCGGUGUUCCCCGUAUCCCUGUGUGUCCCCUGGCGCCCCCCAGUGUCCCCGUUGUGUCCCGACGUCUCCUCUAUCCUCACUGCCCCUUGCGUCCCUGCGUCUCCAUGUCCCUAUUCCUCCGGUUUUCUCCGCAUGCCAUGGUGCCCCCGGGUCCCCUUGGUGUCCCCUCGGCCCCCGCUGCCCCGGUGUCCCCGUGUGCCGCGGGGGUGGCGCUGAGGCCGGGUGCCGCAGAUUUCGGGCUGUUCCUGGACGCGGAGCUCACCGGGCGGUGCUGGCACUGGACGAGGCCGGCGUGGAGGCGGCGGCGGCCAUGGCCACCUCGGUGGCGCGCUCGGCCCUGGUGCUGGAAGCCCUGCGCCCCUUCCUCUUCGUCCUCUGGCACAACACCGGCGAGUUCCCUGUCUUCAUGGGCCGUCUCAGCGAUCCCUAG